AUGUCUGCGAAUAGUGAGACGGAGUCAGAAGAGCUAUCAUCUAGCGUCGAAAAUCCCGAUGUGGGCUCAUCAAACCGACAAGGAUCUUGCAAUCCCAUCAACGGCCCAUCGGGUCCAACGAAGAAUCGCAGAAAGCAUGGAACAAUAGACGAUAAGAAGUCCACACAAGAGCUGCUUCCACUGCUGAUUCAAAAGCUUGGAGUAAGCCCGACACAACUUGAGCAGCUGCUGCUUGGUAAUGACCGUUCAACAAAUGAUCCCACCUCCCCCCCUCGCCUGGACUUUCAGGGACCAUCGGGCGACACAGAAAAAGCAAUUAACCCUCGCGAGACUGGUCUCAAGAAACGCCCUUUCAAGUCUCGUCGGAGGUCCAAGGAUGUCUCAAGUACGCAGGAACAGAUCGAUUGGAAGGCCCAUCUCUGCAACACACUCAGCCUGGAUCGUCACACUACCGAUAAGGAUCUCCUCAAGACGAUUCAACAGUACGAGCCAGGCACUUCUCGCAAGUCUCGACCGGAAGCGUACUUUACGGUUCUCCAUCGGGUGUCGUGCAAGAAAGAUGACUCCCAUAACGUAUACAACCACACGCCAUAUUUCUUGUCAGCGAGUGGCGCAGACAACCACCUGCGUGGACGAGGCCCGGUGUCGAACAUGGAGCUGUAUGUCGAGCGGCAUCAAGGACUCUCAUUUGUCGUCUUCAAGUCGUACGUCUGUUGCGAAGGAAAUAGGCAGACAGUUGCCGAUGGUGACCCGGCUCCUAAGUCGGAAAGCAUCCGCAUAAUAUCGCGAGACCUUUCCUCUGCCCUCAAAAGGGCGUCAAAAGAUUCCAAAAAGAGCCAUCUGUACCCAUCGUUCAACCGUGGUGCGGAGCUAGUUGCUCCUUACAUGUGGUUCUAUCACGAUAGGCCUCUGUUCGAGUCACUUGUCACCCGUCUUCCCUCGAAACAUCAACAGCAUUUACGCUGUUUCUCCGACGAGUAUAUUGGUACGUACAUGGGUGAGGAAUACGCGAUUGUGGAUUCGCAGCUCAGAGAAAAGGUCAUCUCCAGCAAGUUCUUACCAUACAUUUUUCUGCCGAAUGAGGUUGUGCUCCAGCGUGACAAGGAAGCCGGUUACAUGUACGACCAUGCUUUCACCCUGUCCACAUGGCCAGAAAUAACAUCGGCUGUCGUGAAUGACGAUGACACGGGCAAGAACAAGGAACAAAGCCUGAGAGUAUCCAUGUCCCUCCAGGGGCAGUUCUGGCAAUAUGAUGGCAACUUCCAGACUUCUACCCGCGGCCAAAAGGUUCAAUUCGAUGCGUCAGCAGACCGGCCACUUCGAAUCCAGGAUCUGUCUGUCCUACCACUGACAUACGCAGACGAGAGUGUGUCUGCACACUUGCGUGAUAGAGGGCACAAAUUCUGGAAAUGCCGGAACAUGAAGUUUGUGUCGUAUACUGGAUGGGACUAUAGCCAUGAUCAAUAUUUCACCGAGGCAAGGUUCAUGGUCGAUAUGCAGACCUACAAAAAGAUGCAUACGGACGCGACCGCGAAGAAAGGCAAACCGGGACGUGCUGAUAACGUCAGGGACGACCUAGGACUAGAAGCUAUGGCACGGGAUGAGCCACCUAGCGAGCAGUUUCCCCUACUCCUACCGCCUAACAUCUUCGGAUUCAACAUGCAAGAGAAGAAAUGGAUGAACCUAUUGGUUGCAAACGCCGCGGAGGUGAACUGGAACGACGAGGCUUUCGACACCUUGGUCGUCGAUGACGAAACCAAGGAGUUAAUCAUGGCACUCGUCACAAACAAGAUCGAGAUCUCGAAAUCCACCGACUUAAUCAGCGGGAAAGGCAACGGCCUCAUAGUCCUCCUCCACGGAGGCCCAGGAACAGGCAAGACCCUAACGGCGGAAAGCGUGGCCGAAUAUGCCAAAAAGCCACUAUACCGCAUCACCUGUGGUGACAUCGGCACCAAUCCCGAAGACGUCGAGAAAUACCUCGCCAGCGUGCUCUACCUCGGCAAGACGUGGGACUGCGUUGUGCUGCUCGAUGAAGCGGAGGUCUUCCUCCAGACGCGCGAUCUCGAAGACUUGCACCGCAACGCCCUCGUCUCCGUCUUCCUGCGCGUCCUCGAGUACUACGAAGGGAUCCUCAUCCUGACGAGCAACCGCGUCGCCACUUUCGACGAAGCCUUCAAGUCGCGCAUUCAGCUCGCGCUGCACUACGAGGCGCUCGGCAAGCCGCAGCGCAAGCAGGUGUGGCAGAAUUUCAUCAACCGGCUCAAGUCGUUUGAGUCCGAUACCGUGGAUACGGAUGAUUUGCACAGGCACAUUGAUAAGUUGGCCGGGUUUGAUAUGAACGGGAGGCAGAUUCGGAACGCGGUCACGACGGCGCGGCAGCUGGCCAUGUUUAAGAAGAAGAAUAUGGACUAUUCGGUGCUGGAGCAUGUGAUUAAUGUGUCGAAUCGGUUUGAUACGUACUUGAAGAAGGUCAAGGAGGAUCUGACGGAUGAAGAGAUCGCAAGGGGGAUGCAGGUGAGAUAA